UUUGGGACUCUUUCUCUUCGUUUAAAUAUAAAAAUAAAAUGCUCCUUAGGCCCAGUAGUCGCAAGCUGUCGCGGAUCGGCAUCCGCAACUACACCGAUGGGAUCAACAUCAACAGCAGCGUGCGAGCGGCGUUCGCCAAGGGAGACACCCGGCAGCCCGUUAACGUGCUGCCCAAGUCCAAGUACGGCGGGAUCAACUACGUGUCCCUGCUCACGGGCAGCACCAUCAUCGGCCAGCAGGGAGCCCACUUCGUGACGUCCCUGCUGCAGAGCAGCAAGGUGCCCGUGGAGGGGCAGGUCAUCGAGGCGGGACAGGAUGAUGAGUACUUCAACUCGGUGCUCCGGAACAGAUCCGCCAUCCACGUGGACAUCCAGGCUGAUGGGGAGGCCAAAAAGAAGGCGCUCAAAAUUAGCAACGAUCUGGACUUGUAUGUGUUCAAGACAAGAACGCGCAGUUUUCCCGGAUUCAAAUGUCGCUUCCCGGGCGUGGACAUCCAGAUGAUUGGCCAGAACAACAUGGGAAACUACAACGAGCUGGAAUAUUCCCCAGUGAAGGGUGUGGUGGAGGCCCUAUCCGUGGUGACCCAGAAGGGCAAUGAGAAGUACCUGAAACACGCCUUUGCUGCGGCGGCAAAGGCGGGCCGAAAACGGGUGACCCUGAUCAACAAGGCCAAGGAGUGGCCAAUUAGCGACGGUUCCCUGGUGGAGGCCGCCAGGCGGAUGCACUGCCCCUACAAAGAUUGCCUGGAGCUGGAGCUCAUGGAGGUGGAGGAGGCCGUCAGCCGGCUGAUCACCGAACCCACCUACUUCGACUGCCUCUUCGCCAGCGAUCGCUAUGCCACCUUCCUGUCCACGAUCUGCAGCGGUGUCUGUGGCGGAGCUAAUCUCUUUAGUGCCGUGGAGAUCGGGGAUCACCAUGCCGUGUUCAAGCCCCUGCAGACGAAGCUUUCGCUGACCAACUAUGCCACUCUCAGUGCCUAUGGCAUCGUGUCCACCAUUGUUGAUCUUUUCGAGCACUUGGGCCACGAUAAGUGCGCGGAUGCCUUGUGGUGCGAGAUGCUGCGCACGAUGGACGAGGGAAUCCGCACCCAGGAGUUCGGGGGCAAGGACACCGGCGAUUACGUAAUCUGCAACAUAAUCAACCAGUUGCGCUGCCGCGGAUUGGGUGAAUCACAAUCCUAAAGAAGCUUACACUAAUACUGUGGAAGACCCUGUGACAUCCAGAACGUUUUGUCAUUUUUAGCAUAAGAAAAUUAUCUUUACAAAUAAAAAGAGAAACCAAGCCAA